GGCACCUCUGCUUGGUUUAGUUCUUCAGUAGACCAGACCUAUAUCGAUCUUUGGAUCGGACAAGGUGGAAGCGUCGAAAGUACGUGUAAUGCCGAUUUACUCCCAGAAUACCUAUUCAGCUGUGAUCCUGAACAACAAGAAACCCAACGGUAUUGA